AAGCGACAUAUUGCGAUAUACCAAUCAAACAGAAACUGGAGUCAAACGCCUGUUCACUUCUGAUGAUUUAGUUUCAAUCAAAGAUCAAAACAUAAGUCAUCUAAAAAUUCUCGUAAAGUUACUCAAAUAAUUUCAAGGUGGCGUUAAAAUGAUCAAAACUGUGCUGAUACCAGCGUCACUGCUUGCUUUUUUUGCGUUCAAAAAUGUCGCUUGCGUUACCACUGUUUCUCCGUCCAGGGGCGAAGUUUGGCCAAAGCCUCAGCAGCAAUCCAAGUCCGACCAAGUCCUUCAAAUUUCUACCUCAUUCCAGAUGAUAGUAGCUGGAGAUUACUGCGAAAUUUUGGAAAAAUCUGUCCAGCGACAUAUGGAUAUAAUAAUGGGAGGAAUGAGCUACCGUUACCGACAAUCAGAAAAAGCUGAGCAAUUUUAUUCGGACAGUGUUCUGAAAACUCUUACAAUUGAUGUUGGCGCUGGUUGCACCGACGCUUACCCAACAUCAGAAAUGGAUGAAUCCUACGAUCUGGAUGUCAGUUCGGGUACAAGUACAUUAAUUAGCAGCGAAGUUUGGGGCGCUCUCAGGGGCAUUGAAACUUUUACUCAACUCAUGUACAAGGACGUGAGCACUUCAAUGAGAGUCAUGAACAAAACGUCGAUUCACGACUACCCUAGGUUCAACUUCCGGGGAUUUUUGAUUGACAGUUCGAGACACUUUCUCAGUUUAGAGAACAUAAAACUUCACAUUGAUGCUAUGGAAGCCACGAAGUAUAACGUUCUUCAUUGGCAUAUAGUAGAUGAUCCUAGUUUCCCAUUUCAAAGUAAAGUCUAUCCUGAUCUAGCACGUGACGGUGCUUUCAACGCAUACACUCACAUAUACACAUACAACGACGUUAUUGAAGUUCUGGAAUACAGUCGACUCAGAGGCGUUCGGGUAGUUCCCGAAUUUGACACUCCUGGACAUACCCUCUCCUGGGGUGCCGGAUAUCCGCAACUUCUAAGCCAGUGCAUUGAUGACUCUGGUACUACGACCUAUUCUGGCCCUCUGGAUCCCAGGAUCCAAACGACGUAUGAUUUUGUCCAAGCGUUGUUCACUGAAAUCAAUUCUUUGUUUCUGGACGAAACAUUGUUUCUCGGUGGCGACGAGGUUGCGUAUGACUGCUGGGAAAGUAACCCCAUUUACCAGGAGUUCAUUGACCAAUAUAACUUGACUGAUUACGCCGGUCUGGAAAGUUUUUACAUUGAAAAACUCCUAGAGAUUGUUCAAAACCUUCCGCUUAAGAGACAGGCAGUUGUGUGGCAGGAAGUAUUUGACAACGGUCUUAACAUCUCGAAAUCAACUGUGGUCAAUGUCUGGAAAUCAGGGGGAUACCAGGAUGAGCUCUCGUCUGUAACCGCACAAGGAUUUGACGUCAUUCUAUCCGCGCCGUGGUACCUUAACUACAUAAGCUAUGGUCAGGACUGGAAGAAUUAUUACCAAGUCGAACCAAUGGACUUCAGCGGGACUGAAACGCAAAAAGACCAUUUUGUGGGCUGCGAAGCAUGCAUGUGGGGCGAGUACGUGGACGAUACAAAUUUUUUAGCCACAACCUGGCCGAGAGCAGCAACAGUUGCCGAACGGGCUUGGAGUAACAAAAAUACGACGGAUAUUAACGACGCUCAGUCAAGAUUGGACGAGUUGAGAUGUCGGCUGAUCAAUCGCGGAGUUCCUGCAGAGCCGAUUGCGCCCGGCUUCUGCGAACAAGAGUGGAACGUGAAAGGAAUGAAAAAAGAACACGAAGAGAAACGUUCAAGAGGAUUGAAAUUUUUUCAUGACCAUAAAAUAAAGAUGAAAACUUUGCGCCUCAUUCAUUAGAAAAUCAUAUAAAAUAUUAUAAUCAAAAUUAGAAUGGAAAUUUACAAUAAAAAUUACAAUA